GUUCCUCGUUCACUCUGUGUGUGUCGGUAAGUUCAGAGAUCAGCAGGGUAGCUGUCCUUCGGGCAUCUUGAGCAACACAGAACACUGCACACAGAAACACCGGAGAGAACGUCAAUGCAAUGCUGCUCCUCAGACGCUGCCACAGGCUGAAUCCAGUUGGCCCGCUCAGCAUUAGCAGAAAUCAGGUGGCACCUGUAGUUGCAUCGUGUGCAGUUCGUCUCUGCAGCAGCAGCAAUGACCAGAGAUUUCACCAACGUGGCUUCAGUGCCAGCUGGAGACACGUCCUGGCAGGACUGCUGGCUGGCACAGGGGCUGUACUGGCAUAUGGUCUACACCAUCACAAGGCUAUAGAGAAGAGCUCCCCGCUUCCUAUCAUCAGCCAGGAGGAAGUUACAAGGCAUCGCUCCCUAAAAGAUGGCGUGUGGGUCACCUACAAAGGCGGCGUCUAUGACAUUACCGAGUUUGUUUCCAUGCACCCUGGUGGGGAGAAAAUCAUGAUGGCAGCAGGUGGUGCCAUUGAGCCCUUCUGGUCGCUUUAUGCGGUACACAAUCAGGAGCAUGUGCUGGAAAUCCUUUCUGCGUAUAAGGUUGGUGAGCUGAAUGCGGAAGACCUGAAGAAGCAAUAUACUUUUAAAUCAUCAGACCCCUACUCUUCUGACCCUGAGCGUCACCCUGUCCUGCGCGCCAACAGCCUCAAGCCCUUCAAUGCUGAACCUCCGCCUGAAAUCCUCUCUGACAGCUACAUCACGCCCACUGCUUUCUUCUUCAAAAGAAACCACCUCCCGGUUCCUCAGGUGGACCCCGAUUUAUAUCGCCUACAUGUGGAGGGGCUACCCAGAGGAGUGCUCACACUGUCUGUAGAAGAGUUGAAGACUCGAUUCCCCAAACACACCAUCACAGCUACCCUGCAGUGUGCAGGAAACCGCCGUAGUGAGAUGAAUAAGGCCCGGCAGGUUAAGGGACUGAACUGGGGCGUUGGUGCCAUUGGUAAUGCGACAUGGAGCGGCGCCAAGCUCAGGGAUGUCCUGCUGGCUGCAGGUUACGGUCCAGAUGUAGCCCAGUGGGCUCGCCACGUUCAGUUUGAAGGACUGGAUAAAGAAAUAACAGGGAGUGCGUACGGUGCUUCAAUCCCUAUAAACAAGGCAGUUAGCGAGGAGGGUGAUGUGCUGCUGGCCUAUGAAAUGAACGGAAAGGCUAUUCCGGCCGACCAUGGCUUCCCCAUUCGUGUGGUUGUACCAGGUGUAGUGGGCGCACGCAGCGUGAAGUGGCUGGGUAAAAUAGUAGUCAGUGCACAGGAGAGCAGCAGCCACUGGCAGCAGAAAGAUUACAAAGGUUUCUCCCCUGGAAUAGACUGGGACACAGUGGACUACAAAUCUGCUCCAGCCAUCCAAGAGCUGCCUGUUCAGUCUGCCAUUACCACACCAAGAGAAGGCUCCGUGAUCGAUCGCAGCGAAGAAAUGCUGACUGUGAAGGGCUACGCUUGGAGCGGCGGGGGCAGAGAGGUGAUACGCGUCGAUGUUUCUCUGGACGGAGGGAAGACGUGGAAGGUGGCCAAGUUGAAGAGCAGCGACAAGGAAGGAGAUCAAACUUCUCCUCCACUAGGACGAGCUUGGGCAUGGAAGCUGUGGGAGAUAACGGUUCCUCUUCCUCUAGAGGCCCAAGAGCUGGAGCUCAUUUGCAAGGCAGUGGACAACAGUUACAACACGCAGCCGGACACAUUCGGUCCGAUCUGGAAUGUGAGGGGCUUGCUGGGUAACGCCUGGCACAGAGUGAAGGUGAAGAUCAGCGAGGAUGACGACGAAGAAUAGGCGCAGCGGUUGAAGUACAGAAAUCAAAAGACUUAGAGCUUAAACAGAGUCAUCUCAGAGUGGGCUAUUUUUGUCUUUUUUAAUUACAUUUGUAUCAUGGACUCAGCAAAUGUAGGAUCAACCAGGAGUAGCACUACAUUUUGAAAUAUUUUUGACAAACAGCCUCAAAUAUUUAUUCAUUUUGUUGCUGGAGAGAUUUGCAGCGGUACGCACAUGGGAUGAAGCUCAAGGCUGUGAACAGCCAAAUUAAAUUAUGUCUGGUUAUCUCCAUUUAUUAGUCACUUUCUUUUAUUCUUAAGCAAAACUGUGGUUCAGUUUGAUUCUGAAGCUCUGUGGCUAAUAAUGAUGAAACAUUUAUUUUUUUAUAAUCCAUAUUUAUAACACUGAAGAUGAGGGCAUUUUUUUAAAAGGGUUAAAAGAUGCGAUUAACUUUUUAUAAAGAUUUCUAAUCUAGCUGAAGUGAAGCCGAGUGGUUCUUUAUUGAUUUGUUUUUAAUCAAGAGUAGUGACACUGAGUGUAGUGGUCACAUUUAUUUUCUCCUUUCUUUUGGAAACUUUGAGCUACUCAAAGAAAAUCUACCUGUAGUAACCAUCUCGUGGUUGAAGUGAUCGAUGUUUGGCUUAGGUUAGCACAUCAGCGGUGGACUGUGGCCCUCUGUUGACUAAUCAUGCUGUGGGCCUGUCCUCUGCUCUUUCAGAGGAGAUAUGAAAUACAAAACUACAGUGUGAAGUUCCAGCUGAAGUCCAGCUGUGUACAGGGCAACGCUACAGCACAGCAGAGGUCCCUGUGUUGUAAGGAGAGGCCAGAAAAAAUAUACUGUUGAGAAGUGAGUGCUGACUCCUUACACUCAGAGAGAGGACGGGGUGAAUAAUAUGUAGGACCAGUAAAAUGUAACGGUUAGUCAUUUUAGCAUUUGUUUGAAGAACUGCAGAAACUGCAGGUUUUAUUUUUACAACAUUAUGAAAAUAUGCCGAUACGCUGCUCUUAAGUCUUAUUAACAGGUGGAUUAUAUUUGAAAGUGUGAGAAUCAUGAAAUGUAUUUAACUGCUUACAAUGA